CCAACGUUUGCCAACUCAACUCCUGUCACGUCUGUCAAUGGAUGGAUUGUCAUUCAGCAGAGGAUUGAUGGCUCGCUGAGUUUCAACCAAAAUUGGAAGACGUAUAAAUCAGGAUUUGGCAUUUACUACAAAAACUUCUGGUUGGGUUUGGAGAAGAUGCACCAGUUAACGGCAUCGGCUGAUUACAGAUUGAGAUUUGAAGUUCUCAUCAGUGGUUCUUGGUACUCCGAUGAAUAUGAUCAUUUCAAGAUCAAUUCAGAGCUUGAAAAGUUUUCCAUCAACGUUUCUGGAUACUGUGGAGAUAAGAGAAAUGUUUUAAAAUAUCACAACGGUAUGAACUUUUCAACUCCUGAUCAGGAUAACGAUCGGUAUUUUGGCGGUAGUUGUGCUUCAGUGUAUUCAUCAGGGAAUUGGUUCAAUUGGUGUGGUUUUCAAAAUGUGAAUGGCCCGUUCGGAUCAAGUUCUUUCCAUUACACAGGUACUGACCUCACCUACAGCCGGAUGAUGUUGAAGCGUAACGUGUAA